AUGGAUGUUACGCUUCAGAAACACGGCGCCAAACACGUCUAUAGAGUCCCCGAAGGAUUACGUGAGCUUUGUACCGACAUUACACGCGAGGUUCUGAGAUCACAGCCAAGAGAAAUUUAUUCAUUCAUUGCCGAUUACAUGGAUGUUCUUUUGAUUACUCGUGAAAAUGCUAAAGUCGCGGUUAAAGUCGUAAAUAAUAUAUUAAAAGGAAGUCAAACGAUAAUGAGUAUACUUUAUCGAACUGGUUUGAGCAUAGAACAAAUUGCUGCAGCAGCACCGAGAAUUCAAAAAGCAUUUCGUACGUAUUUGGAUAUCAUCGAUGGUCGACAGAAUACAUGCGAAGAUGAAAAAUUGGACGAAAAAUCGAGGAUUUCUUUGAGAGAUAUUUUUCAUGCUACCGGAAUUGAUAUUGAACAAGCUGACAAAGCUGCCACGAUUAUACAAGCAGCUUUUCGUGGCCAUCGUGCCAGAAUGUUACUCGCUGAAUCUCAAGGAAAAAUUCAAUGGCAGAGAGCAUUAAUGAAUACUAUGAAUAUUUUGAAAAAAUCUAAUGUCCCAGAGGAAGAAAUAACAAGAUCUUUACCAAUAAUUGAAACAGCUUAUCGUGGAUAUUAUACAAAUAGAAAUUUAAGAAUGCAAAUGAAUAAAGAAACGGAGGGAAAAACAUUUAAAAUGAAAAGCAAGAAAGAAAAGAAGAAAACGCAUGGUUUUACCAUCGAGUCUGGACAAACCGUACAAGCUGUUGCAUGGUUGGAAAUGAUAUACGAGGAUUCAAACUUGAGUUUUGAAAUUGCUAACAAUGCUGCUAGGGUCAUCCAAAAAGCUUACAACAAGCAUCGUAUGAGGAAAGGUUUUCUCAGUGUUCAAAAGGUGAUUUCCUCAAGGUCUCUUGUAGUAGAAGGCAUUCUUGACGUUUUACGUCAAAAUGUUUUCGACAAAGUUAUUUCGCGCGAUGACAUUCCAGAAAAAUUUGGUACGAGAGAAGAUAUGGAAAAAGCUAGUAAAUUACUUCAACAAAUGUAUAAGGAUCAUUUAAAACAUUCAAGAGUUUCUAUGAAAGAACACGAAGAAGAAACGGAUACGAAACCUGAGAUUGUAGAAACGAUACGAUUGGACGAAACGAUUGAAGAAGAAGAAGAAGAAGAGAUGAUGGAGUCAUCGGAAACGUCAAAAAUUGAAGAUGACGAAAUUUCGAUCAAAGAUCCAGCUGGUGAGUCGAUUAACGUUGAAAGUCGUAACGUGGCGGAGGAAAAAAUAGAACGAGAUGAAGAGCAAGAGGAAGAACAAGAGGAAGAACAAGAAAUGCCCCACGAGGCCACUCCUGCAAACGACACGGCAGGUUAA